CUAGGAUCGUAAACAAUCGUGGGGCGAGAAGAAGAAGUUUGAAGGUGCGAUACGAGAGAACAUUACAAAGAGAAAACUAUUCGACAGUGAAACGGUGAGGCCAAACGAGCCAGUAGUUCCACUAUAUAGGAUUGUUAAACUACAUACGAGGCACGAGGCACGCGGCAUAAGGUUGAAGAUAUUCCACCAUGACAGAGUCAAAUAUGACUGCACAAAAAUGGAAGGAGAAGGGUAACGAAGAGUUUAACAAAGGCAAUUGGUCAGAAGCAUUGAGUGACUACACAAACGCAUUGAACCUAGUAGAGAACAACGCUGAGAAAACAGUGUACUACAAAAAUCGAGCUGCCACUUAUUUAAAGCUGAACGAUUACGAGAAUGCUAUUGAAGACUGCGACAGCGCGUUAAAGAUAUGUUGUAAUAAAGCAUUGUAUCGCAGAUGUCAAGCACUAGAAGCGUUAGAGAGAUUUGAGGAGGCACACCGGGACGCGGAGAUUAUUAUUUCAUCUGACCCAAAUAACAAAGAUAUUCAAGUCGUAAAGGAACGCUUACAAGAUCGUCAUAAGGACCCAAAUCUUAGAGCUACGAUAUCACAAAUGAUGGAUUCUGUAUUUAACGAGAGCGCGGAUGAGGAGGAAUGUAAAUAUGCUAUGCAUAAUCUGUUUGUGAACGCAUGUGACGAAGCAGGUGCCGAGGAGAUCUUCAAGAACGAAGGUGUAUCAAAACUCGCACAACUUAUAAAAGUUGAAGAGAACAAGAAAGCGACGUACGCGAUUCGUAUUUUAGGCGAGUUAUGCAAAAACAAUAUUAAUCGAACCGAGCUCGUUCUGAAAUAUAUUGGUUUGCUUCGCUGUCUGGAAAUGAUGAACAGCACAUGUACAGAUAGAGUCAAGGCGUCCCAAAUUUGUUUACAGAAUAUAUUGAAUACUUACAGCGGCAUGAACGAUGAAACCGAUUCAAAACCCGACAAGACUUCGUGCGAAACACACAAGAAUGAACUUGAUACGAUUUUGUCAUGCUUAUUGAAUAAUAUAGCGAAUAGAACGAUAGCAGGCCUUACUAGAGACGCAAUAAUAGAACUUAUUAUAUGUAACAUUCAUCAUACCGAGUUAGGCUGGGCCGAACGAUUGAUCAAGUUUCGUGGUUUGCAAAAAUUAAUGGAGAUAGCCAGUGAAAUGGAAGAAUACAAAUACGAAGAAUCCUCGAUGAACAUCACGUUUUCCACGCAAAUUAAAAUCAGCAUGUGUUUAACAAAAAUAUAUAAAAACGUGUACUAUGAUGCUGCUAAGGAAGAAUUUAUCGACGCCAUUGAGAAAUUUAUUAAGGAUAAAUUGCUUACAUCUGACUCAAAAUCCAAAGUGCGUGGAGUGGUUGCGAUAACAACCUUAAUGUUCGGUCCGUUAGACGUUGCAUACGCAAUUAUAAUUAAAAGAGGGGUGCUUGAGAUGAUCAUUGCUAUGUUGGAAACGGAUGACGACGUGGUUCAAAAGAAAGUGGUUUGUGAAUGUAUCACUGUUGCAAUGACCAAAUUUAAACAGGCCAACGUGUUUAUAUGUCGAUGUGUACGUAUAUUGGAGAACCUGUAUAUAUUCUCUACGUAUGAUUCAAUACGAGUUCGAGCGUUAGUGGGUCUGUGCAUGAUAAGCAAGUUUGAAAAAAGCAUUUUAAGCAGUUACACGACUAUCGAACCGUUUGCGCAGUUCGCGGAUGGAACAAUGAAGAAAUUGACCAAGGUUUGCGCACGAUUCUUGAUUAAUCCCAAAAAAAAUAAAGAGAUGAGAAAAUGGGCCAUUAAGGGCCUGAGGUAUCUCACUAUCGACGUCGAGGUCAAAGAGCAGUUGAUCAAAGACCAACAACAAGCCGCAGUAAAAGCAAUUAUUGAGCUAACCGAGCAGACUAAUGAUCAAUCGGUACUCUACGACGUGACUAUUAUGUUGGUGAACUUGUGUUGCGCUUAUGACGAUAAUGAACUUAUACCCGAGAUGAUAGAAUCGGUAAUGUUUAUCAAAUAUUAUUUUUCCGGGAGAGAUCAGCCCAAAGAGGACGACUUCAUGAAAAUAAGGCGCGCGUUAGUGGAGGUCGGUGUGACUAGCGCUCUGGCGAGACUCGCUAAAACGGACAAUCAGAACUGCAAGGAAUUGGUAGCCCGCGUUUUCCAUGCGAUAUGCAGUCAACAGGAGUUGAGAGAAAUAGUUGUUCAACAAGGCGGCGCGGAGGCAUUAUUGUCGUUAGCGCUGAGUAGCACAGACAAGGGCAAAAAGCAUGCUUCGCAAGCCCUAGUCCAUCUAGCACACACGAUACCUCCUGCAGCAUUUCCUGAUCAGAUAAUCAUGCAGAUUGUUUGGACAAUCAUAAAUCUCCUGAAUUCGGAGUGUUCCGUAAAUGAGAGAUGCGAAGCUCUAACAGCUUUGUGCAAUCUAGCUAGCGUCAACAACAGCGUGCGAGAAUAUAUAUUCAAGGAGGCAGGAUUUGAAAAAUUCGAGGACUAUAUGCAUGACGAUAACAACAUGUUGACACGAAAGGCCGCACAACUCAUAAACAAUUUGGUAUUGUGCCGUAAAGUUGCUGUCCAAUAUUGCGAGCAGAGAUCUUAUCAAGUUGGGUAUCUUACAUUAUUGUUCGAAAACAAAAAUACAAAUGUAAAUACUAUUAAGGCAUUGGCUGGAACAGUAGCCAUGCUGACGGCGGUCAGCAAAGAGGCUUGCGAGGAAAUAAUCUAUGCGGAUCCUUUGCUAAAAUUCCUACACAACUUACUCAUUAAUACAGACGAUGACUUGCAGCAUAAGGGUACUAAAAUUGUGUUAAAUAUGAUGAGAAGUACAAUAGACCUCGCUGCAAAACUCAUCAAAAAUAUAAACAUAAUGGGACCACUGACGGCAUUGUCCAAGAACGAUACCGUGCCAGACAACAACAAGAUCAAGAAAUUAGCACGUACUACUUUACUGCUUGCUGCGCACAUAGUCGACAUCGAGACAAACGACAAAAGUGAUGAAGCAUUAUCACAAAACAUUGAUAGUUUAGACGUGUUUAAACAUGUCGAUUAAGAAAAUUAUAUGUAAAUGUUAAUUGGGAUCUUAAUGUCAUAUUAAUAGAAUUAUUUUUUAUU